AUGCCAGACGAUCUAAAGCAAAGGUUUGUGUUACAUAAAACUAAAUCUGAUCAAGCUCUCGAAAACUACAAAAUUGAUGUAAAUAGUUCAAGGCAAAAAAUAAAAGUCAUAGAUUUAAGUUAUUGUAGGAACUGGCCAAAUAAAAAAAGAGCAUUAAGGAAAAAUGAUGAUGAAGACUUGAUGAAAACUUUCUUACUCAAACAAGUUGUCCAAGUAAAAUUCGUUGCUGGCUCGAGGAACAUUCUUUAUAAAACAAGAUUUGAUGAACCAUUUCUCGAGUUGGACUUCCUACCUAAAAAUUAUAAACUUAUUGGGCUACCUGAAGAGAAAUCAGUUCCUCGAGGCAUUCCCGGUCGUAAAAAGGAUGUGAUUGUUGGAACCAGACGUACGUUUUGGUAUCAAAAGCCUGUGAACGAUGAGUCAAUUGAUCUCCAAACUGAAGGCGAAAUGGCGGAAGAAAUAUGA